AUGGGGCUGCAAAGGAAGCGCUCGGUGUCCAGGAGCCAGGGCGCUGCGGGGCCACGCCGGGGCGUCCUGCAGCUGCUGCCGCUGCCACUGCUCCUGCUGUUGCUGUGCCCGGGCGCUCGCGGGGCUGCGGCGCAGAGAGAGGCGGAGGCACCCACCCUCUAUCUGUGGAAGACUGGUCCAUGGGGCCGAUGCAUGGGAGACGAAUGUGGUCCAGGAGGCAUCCAAACCAGGGCUGUGUGGUGUGCUCACGUGGAGGGCUGGACGACGUUGCAUAGCAACUGUAAGCAGGCUGGAAGACCCAGUAACCAGCAAAACUGUUUCAAAGUGUGUGACUGGCACAAAGAGUUGUACGACUGGAGGCUGGGACCCUGGAAUCAGUGUCAGCCAGUGAUUUCAAAAAGCCUAGAGAAACCCCUGGAAUGUAUCAAGGGAGAAGAAGGCAUUCAGGUGAGAGAGGUAACGUGCAUCCAGAAAGACAAAGACAUGCCUGCGGAGGACAUCAUCUGUGAGUACUUCGAGCCCAAGCCUCUCCUGGAACAGGCUUGCCUCAUUCCUUGCCAGCAAGAUUGCAUCGUGUCUGAGUUCUCCCCGUGGUCCGAGUGCUCCAAAACCUGUGGGAGCGGACUCCAGCAUCGGACGCGGCAUGUUGUGGCGCCCCCGCAGUUUGGAGGCUCUGGCUGUCCAAACCUGACCGAAUUCCAGGUGUGCCAGUCCAGCCCCUGCGAGGCRGAGGAGAGCAUGUACAGCUUGCAGGUGGGGCCCUGGAGCUCRUGCUCCAUGCCACACUCCAGGCAAGCGAGGCAGGCCAGGAGACGCGGAAAGAAUAAAGAUCGGGAAAAGGACCGAGGCAAAGGAGUCAAGGAUCCAGAGGCCCGGGAACUUAUCAAGAAAAAGAGAAAUAGGAACAGACAGAACCGACAAGAGAACAAGUACUGGGACAUUCAGAUUGGAUAUCAGACCAGGGAGGUCAUGUGCACCAACAAGACGGGGAAGACUGCUGAUCUGAGCUUUUGCGAGCAAGAGAAGCUGCCAAUGACCAUUCAAUCCUGUGUUAUCACCAAGGAGUGCCAGGUGUCSGAGUGGCUGGAAUGGAGCCCAUGCUCAGCAACAUGCCGUGAUCCUGCCUCCCCAACAGGCACACGUGUCCGGACACGGACCAUCAGGCAGUUUCCUAUUGGCAGUGAAAAGGAAUGUCCGGAACUUGAAGAAAAAGAACCCUGCGUGUCUCAAGGAGAUGGAGUUGCCCUCUGUGCCACGUAUGGCUGGACAACAACAGAGUGGACCGAGUGCCGCGUGGACCCUUUGCUGAGCCAACAAGACAAGAGACGUGGCAACCAGACGGCCCUCUGUGGAGGAGGCGUCCAGACCCGAGAGGCAUACUGCGUGCGAACCAAUGGAAAUCUCCUUGCGCACUUAGAUACCCGCAAGGACAGAGAAGCCUCAAAACCAGUGGAUUCAAAAUUAUGCACUGGCCCAGUCCCUAACACGACACAGCUGUGCCACAUUCCUUGUCCAAUUGAAUGUGAGGUUUCACCUUGGUCUGCUUGGGGACCUUGUACUUAUGAAAAUUGURAUGACCAGCAAGGCAAAAAAGGCUUCAAACUGAGGAAGCGGCGCAUUACCAAUGAGCCCACUGGGGGAUCUGGGGGCACUGGAAACUGCCCUCAUUUGCUGGAAGCCAUUCCCUGUGAAGAGCCAUCCUGCUAUGAGUGGAAAGCAGUGAGGCUUGGAGAUUGUGAGCCAGAUAACGGAAAGGAGUGUGGUCCAGGCACUCAGGUUCAAGAGGUUGUGUGCAUCAACAGUGAUGGUGAAGAAGUGGACAGACAGCUUUGCAGAGAUGCCAUCUUCCCCAUUCCUGUGGCCUGUGAUGCCCCAUGCCCAAUGGACUGUGUGCUCAGCGCCUGGUCUACGUGGUCUUCCUGCUCACACACCUGCUCAGGAAAAACCACAGAAGGGAAACAGAUACGAGCCCGGUCCAUUCUGGCCUAUGCAGGGGAAGAAGGUGGAAUUCGCUGUCCAAACACCAGUGCUCUGCAAGAGGUGCGCAGCUGUAAUGAGCAUCCCUGUACUGUGUACCACUGGCAAACUGGUCCGUGGGGCCAAUGCAUCGAGGACACCUCAGUGUCAUCCUUCAACACGACUACGACUUGGAAUGGAGAGGCUUCGUGCUCUGUUGGCAUGCAGACAAGAAAAGUUAUCUGUGUACGAGUCAAUGUGGGCCAAGUGGGACCCAAAAAAUGUCCUGAAAGCCUUCGGCCUGAAACCGUGAGGCCUUGUCUGCUUCCUUGUAGGAAAGACUGUAUUGUAACACCAUAUAGUGACUGGACACCAUGCCCCUCCUCCUGUAGAGAAGGUGACUUGGGAGUCAGGAAGCAGUCUCGGCUUCGGGUCAUUAUUCAGCUGCCAGCCAAUGGAGGCCGGGACUGCACGGAUCCUCUCUAUGAAGAGAAGGCCUGCGAGGCCCCUCAAGUGUGUCAGAGCUACAGAUGGAAGACUCACAAAUGGCGCAGAUGCCAGUUAGUCCCUUGGAGCAUACAACAGGACAUCCCUGGAGCACAGGAAGGCUGUGGGCCUGGUCGACAGGCAAGAGCUAUUACUUGUCGAAAGCAAGAUGGAGGACAGGCUGGCAUCCAUGACUGCCUCCGGUAUGCAGGCCCUGUGCCAGCCCUCACACAAGCUUGCCAGAUCCCCUGCCAAGAUGACUGUCAAUUUACCAGCUGGUCCAAGUUUUCUUCAUGCAAUGGAGACUGUGGUGCAGUUAGGACCAGAAAGCGUACUAUUGUUGGAAAAAGUAAAAAGAAAGAAAAAUGUAAAAAUUCCCAUUUGUACCCCCUGAUUGAGACUCAGUAUUGUCCUUGUGACAAAUACAAUGCACAGCCUGUAGGGAACUGGUCAGACUGCAUUUUACCAGAAGGGAAAGUGGAAGUGUUACUGGGAAUGAAAAUACAAGGAGACAUCAAGGAAUGUGGACAAGGAUAUCGUUACCAAGCAAUGGCAUGCUACGAUCAAAAUGGAAGGCUAGUGGAAACAUCCAGAUGUAACAGCCAUGGAUACAUUGAAGAGGCCUGCAUCAUCCCCUGCCCCUCAGACUGCAAGCUCAGCGAGUGGUCCAACUGGUCCCGCUGCAGUAAGUCUUGUGGCAGUGGGGUGAAGGUUCGUUCUAAAUGGCUGCGUGAAAAACCAUAUAAUGGAGGAAGACCUUGCCCCAAACUGGACCAUGUCAACCAGGCACAGGUGUAUGAGGUUGUCCCAUGCCACAGUGACUGCAACCAGUAUAUAUGGGUCACAGAACCAUGGAGCGUCUGCAAGGUGACCUUUGUGAAUAUGCGGGAUAACUGUGGAGAGGGUGUGCAAACCCGAAAAGUGAGAUGCAUGCAGAAUACAGCAGAUGGCCCUUCUGAACACGUGGAGGAUUACCUCUGUGACCCAGAAGAGAUGCCUCUGGGUUCCAGAGAGUGCAAAUUACCUUGCCCUGAGGACUGUGUAAUAUCUGAAUGGGGUCCRUGGACCCGUUGUGCUUUGCCUUGCAAUCAAAGCAGCUUCCGCCAAAGGUCAGCAGAUCCCAUCAGACAACCUGCUGAUGAAGGAAGAUCCUGCCCAAAUGCUGUGGAGAAGGAAGCCUGCAACCUGAACAAGAACUGCUACCACUAUGAUUAUAAUGUAACAGACUGGAGUACGUGUCAUCUGAGUGAGAAGGCAGUUUGUGGAAAUGGCAUUAAAACAAGGAUGUUGGAUUGUGUUCGAAGUGAUGGCAAGUCAGUUGACCUGAAAUAUUGCGAAGAGCUUGCCCUGGAGAAGCACUGGCAGAUGAACAUAUCCUGCAUGGUGGAAUGCCCUGUGAACUGUCAGCUUUCAGACUGGUCUCCUUGGUCAGAAUGUUCUCAAACAUGUGGACUCACAGGAAAAAUGAUCCGAAGACGAACUGUGACCCAGCCCUUUCAGGGUGAUGGAAGACCAUGCCCUUCCCUGAUGGAACAGUCCAAGCCUUGCCCAGUGAAGCCCUGUUAUCGGUGGCAAUACGGCCAGUGGUCCCCAUGCCAAGUGCAGGAGGCCCAGUGUGGAGAAGGGACCAGAACAAGGAACAUUUCUUGUGUAGUGAGCGAUGGGUCAUCUGAUGACUUCGGCAAAGUGGUAGAUGAGGAAUUCUGUGCUGACAUUGAACCCACUGUAGAUGGUAGUAAAAAAAUGAUCCUGGAGGAAACCUGUACCCAGCCUUGCCCAGGUGACUGUUACUUGAAGGACUGGUCUCCAUGGAGCCUGUGUCAGCUGACCUGUGUGAAUGGUGAAGACCUAGGCUUUGGUGGAAUACAGGUCCGAUCCAGAGCAGUGAUUAUACAAGAACUGGAGAAUCAACAUCUGUGCCCAGAGCAGAUGUUAGAAACAAAAUCAUGCGAUGAUGGACAGUGCUAUGAGUAUAAAUGGAUGGCCAGUGCAUGGAAGGGCUCUUCCCGAACAGUCUGGUGUCAAAGGUCAGACGGUGUAAAUGUAACAGGGGGCUGCUUGGUGGUGAGCCAGCCUGAUGCUGAUAGGUCUUGUAACCCCCCGUGCACUCAGCCUCAUUCAUACUGCAGUGAGACAAAGGCAUGCCGCUGUGAAGAGGGGUACACUGAGGUCAUGUCUUCUAACAGCACACUCGAGCAAUGCACACUUAUCCCUGUGGUGGUGAUACCCACCAUGGAGGACAAGAGAGGAGAUGUGAAAACCAGUCGGGCAGUACAUCCAACCCAGCCCUCCAGUAACCCAGCAGGACGGGGCAGGACCUGGUUUCUGCAGCCAUUUGGGCCAGAUGGGAGACUAAGGACCUGGGUUUACGGUGUAGCCGCUGGGGCAUUUGUGUUACUCAUCUUUAUUGUCUCCAUGAUUUAUCUAGCUUGCAAAAAGCCAAAGAAACCCCAAAGAAGGCAAAACAACCGACUGAAACCUUUAACCUUAGCUUAUGAUGGAGAUGCAGACAUGUAA